AUGGCGUCCACCGACGAGAAGCCACCCAUCGAUGGCAACAACGACCUGACCAUGUCCCGCACGCCGCCGGGUGACCAGCACGGCGCCUACCUCAAUCCCGCCAUCAUGGAGGAGGAUUACGAUGGCAAGCCCACCGAGGAGGAGAUGAAGACGCUGCGCCGCGUGCCCGGCAAGCUCCCCUUCGUUGCCUACCUGAUCUGCAUUGUCGAGUUCUGCGAGCGUGGUUCGUACUACGGCGUGCAGCCGCUUAUCAGCAACUAUGUCAACCGGCCUCUGCCGCCCAAUGGCAACGGUCUUGGUGCCCCGCCCCGUGGCACGCAGGAGACGGGCGGUGCUCUCGGCAUGGGCACUGUCGUGUCCAACGCUGUCUCGCAGUCGUUCUCGAUGCUUGCGUACGCCCUGCCCUUGAUCUUCGGCUACCUGGCCGAUGCCCGCACCGGUCGCUUCAAACUCAUCUGCUGGGGUGUCGGUGUUUUCGGUGUUGCCCACGUUCUGCUCGUCGCUUCGGGCGCUCGCUCGCUCCUUGAGAGCGGCCACGCCAAGAUUCCCUUCUUCCUGUCCGUCUACAUUCUGUCUGUUGGUGCUGCCAUGUUCAAGCCCAAUGUCUCGCCCCUGCUUCUCGAUCAGAUGGUCAACACUGUACCCAAGGUUGUGGUCACCAAGUCUGGUGAGCGUGUCAUCGAGGACCCGGAGGCAACCACCGAGCGCGCUAUGCUCUGGUUCUACCUGGUCAUCAACAUUGGUGGCUUCAUGGGCCUUGCCACGGGCUACGCGGAGAAGUACGUCGGAUGGUAUCUGGCGUUCCUGAUCCCCUUGUUGCUGUAUAUCCCCCUGCCUGGUCUUCUGUGGUUCCUGCACAAGCGCCUGAUUCUGCACCCCCCUGGCGGCAGUGACAUGGUCAACGUUUUCCGCGUCGUUGGUAUCUGCAUUCGUCGCGGUGGCAUCAAACACAUUGGCCGUAGCGGCUUCUGGGACCUGGCGAAGCCGUCCGCCAUUGCCGCUGCCGGCCUGCACUACCCUGUUCGCUGGAACGACGAGUUCGUCGACGACGUGCGCCGCACCUUCCAGGCGACUGGUAUCUUCUGCUUCUUCCCCAUCCAGUACCUCAACGACAACGGUAUCGGCUCGGCCGCUAAUUUCCUGUCGACGAUGCUGACGACCAACGGUGUACCCAACGAUGUCAUCGUUAACUUCAACUCGCUGUCCAUCAUUGCGUGCGCGCCGCUGCUCAACUACGGCCUGUACCCUCUGCUGCGCCGCGCCAACAUCCACUACGGUCCCAUUACCCGCAUCACCACAGGUCUGGCCAUGUCGACAGUCGGCGGCGUUGGCUACACGGUGCUCAACUACUACGCCUACAAGUUGUCGCCGUGUGGCAACUACGGUUCGUCGAACUGCACGGUCGGCACUGGUGUCGCGCCCAUUUCCAUUUGGUACAUGGCCAUUCCCUACGCACUGGGUGGCAUCUCGGAGCUGUUUGUCAACGUUCCGGCCUACGGUAUCGCUUACUCGCGUGCGCCUGUCAACAUGCGUGGUCUCGUGUCCGCCCUGAACCUGUUCAACACUGCCAUUGCCUACAUCAUUGGCCUGGCAACGUCGUCGAUCAUUGUCGACCCUCACCUGACCUGGGACUUCGGUGGCACGGCCAUUGCUGGCGGUAUCCUGACCGUUGUCUUCUACUUCAUGUUCCGGCACAUCGACAAGGAAGAGUACACGCUGUCGCAGAACCGCGACUACGAGCUCAACCUGGAAGGCACCGACAAGGUGGUAGGCAUCAACGAGUACAACCAGACGCACAACCUACCGGCCCCCAUUGCCGAGAACGAGGAGAUUAUGAUGACACCCAAGCAGUAA